AUGGGCCACUUUAUUAGAAUCAUCUGCGAGCUUUUCAAAAAUACUAAUGCUGGGCCCCACUCCAGACCCGUCAACUCAGAAUCCACUUGGGAGACGCCGGGCUCCUGUUGUUUUGAAACUGCGCAGGUGGUUCUCCCGUGCAUCGUGCAGCGUGGAAAACCAGUGCCCUCUCCAGAUCCCUGCUAUGCAGGGUGCCGGGGACAGAGGGGCAGGAUUGCCCUCACCCAGGGGCACGUUAGACGUGAAUCCCCAGAACCAGUGCUUCUCAAGAUGCUUGUGAAUUACCUGGAGGAUCUUGUUAAAUUGCAGAAGUCAACACAGGGCAUCAUCAUGAAGCUCAUGUUGUUCUGUAUUCAUGAGCUGCUCCUGCUCUCCUUCCUUUUCAAAGAUAAAUCAGAGAAAGGUGGGAAGUGGGCUGGCCCUCAGCUCAGGUGUGCGGAGUCUCAUAAUUGCAGGCGUGAUAUAACGAGAGAUGCGGGGAACAGGGGCGGCAGGAUUACUAGGGGUUGCACAGCCACGGUGGUGUUGGCCCGCUUCGACCCAUUUCUCCUGCCGAGGGCGGCUCAGCACUGUGGAGACUACCUGACGACUCGGAAAAGUAAAGAAACGCUGGCAGUUGGGAAGGGAGUGAAAAGCCAGGUGGAAGAUGACAGUGAUGCAGAGACCUAUGGAGAAGAGAAUGAAGAGCAGGGAAAUUAUUCUAGAAGGAAGAUAGUCUCUAACUGGGAUCGAUAUCAAGAUACUGAAAAAGAGGUCGAUAAUGAAAGUGGAGAAUCACAGAGGGGGACGGAUUUCAGCGUUCUCCUCAGCUCUGCAGGGGACUCCUUCUCGCAGUUCCGGUUUGCCGAGGAGAAGGAGUGGGAUGGUGACGUUUCAUGUCCCAAACAGAAUCCAGCAUUCUACGUGGACUGCGAGUCACUGGUGCGAGCCCUUCAAGAGCUACCUCUCUCCCUCCGACUCAACGUUGCUGCUGAAUUGGUCCAGACCGCCCUGCCUUUAGAGCUUCCUCAGGUGAAACCAAAGAGAAAUGAUGAUGGCAAGGGACUAGGGAAGCAGUUAAAGGGGCCCUUGGGGCCUGGAGGAAAGGGGUCCCUCUCUGAGCUGAAAUCCGCCGCUGCUGGCUGUCCCACCUACCCGGGUAAAGGUCGCCCAGGACCCGGCCCUUUCCAGGGUCCGCAGAACCCUGCUAACCUGCUGCUGUCGGCAGUGGACCAUUUGGAAGAAGAACUGGAUCUGCUGCUUAAUUUAGAUGCGCCUGUAAAAGAGGGAGGCGACCUCUCAUCAGACCAGACAGCUCAGGACCUGGGAUCCGAGAAAGAUGGGGAAGCAGCCCAAGAAGAAAAAGAUCCUGCAAGAGCAUCUGUGUUGGAGGAAAAGAAUGUGGAGUCGAAGCAACCAAGUAUAUCAAAAAGUGUUACCGAGGAAGAGCUUGAAGACUGGCUGGACAGCAUGAUUUCCUAAUAACAAAAGAAAAACAGACAGAAAAAGUACCUGAAGCCAACUUGGGCUGCCUUGUGCAGGAGGGCCCCAGGCUGUCCAAGAACAGCUGGCUGCCACGCAUGCCCCGAGCCAGUGUGUCCGUCAUGCUUAGCGCGGUAACGCCUACCUCUGUUCAGCAGCAUCCAAAAGAAUACAUUUAAGAGGCUCAUCGUAUUUGUUCUCUGGCUUAGUAAUUGGGUAGAUUUCUUAAGGGUGGGAGACGUUAAGGCCCUUGUUUCUUCCUCUCACUGUUUACAGCAUAGCAGGUGCGCUGAUAAAGAGAAGCGUCCCAAGCAACCAGGCAUGCAUUUGGCCAAAAUAAACAAAUGCGGGUCUGUGGA